AUGUUGGAUGCAUUUGAGAUUUUAACCACCUCGGGUGUGGUUCUCUGGUCCAGGACCUAUGCACCCGUGAACCCGUCGGUCGUCAAUGAUUUUAUUACGGAUGUCUUCAUUGAAGAGAAGAGCGCGGUGGCGGGCUCCAAAAAUGGCGGCUCUGCAGCCUCCAACCCUCCAUACAAGCACGACCAGCACAGUCUACGGUGGACAUUCGUGAAGGAAUUGGGUAUCAUCUUCGUUGCUGUCUAUCGUUCUUUACUACAUCUUCCAUGGGUUGACAAACUUGUCGACAAUAUCCGGGCCAUUUUCGUCAGCCUAUACAGCGAACAAUUUAAGAGGCCUAAUACCACGAUUAUCGAAUGCAUCAACUUUGACAAGUAUUUUGACCAGCAGCUGCAGGAGCUUGAGCAGACGGGUUCUAGGGUUGAUGCGCGCGUACCCAAGAUUGAGGCACACUCCGCAGAUGAAGAAGAGCAGCCUUUUGUUCCAUCACCAGCGGGAAAAUCUGAGCAGAAGGCUCCUAUUGAGUCAAUCUCCCAAAACCAUUCGCGCCCUACCACUUCCAGCACAAGCCACCUAGUCGUGCCGAGACCAGGUCCCGGGGGCAAGUUGUCAAGAAGGGCCCGAAAGCUUCAGAACAGUAACUCGGCGCCUGCUUCUUCUGGCGAUGAGGCCCCGUCGCGGAAAGGCAAACAGGGCAAACUUGUCAAGCGCGGCAGGAAGUGGGAUGCAGAUGGGUUGGCCAUUGAAGAUGACGGAUCGGAUGUUCAACUUGACUACUCAGCGCCUGCCUUGACGAGCGACAGUGAGGCUGAGGCCAGUGGGAGGGCAAUUAGCAUCGAGAGAGUGGAUGCUUCAACCAUGGGUUCGAGAACUAAGGGGAAGUUUGUGCUCAAGGAUCUGGGAGACGAGGUCCACUCUAUUUUGGCAGACGCGGAAGCCAAGAAGAAUGCUGAAACAAGCUCCGAAGCUUCGAGUGGCAUUGUUGGCUCCAGUUUGAACGCUAUUGGUGGCCUUUUCAGGAAUUUUGUUGGUGGGAAGGUCUUGACGAAGCAGGAUUUGGAAAAGGCUAUGAAGGGGAUGGAAGAGCAUCUUCUUAAAAAGAACGUUGCCCGUGAAGCCGCGGUGCGUCUUUGCGAGAGCGUUGAGAAAGAGCUGAUCGGUGUCAAGACCGGAAGCUUUGAGAGCAUCAGCAGAACGGUCCAGAAGGCCAUGGAGGCAUCUCUCACUAAGAUGUUGACGCCAACCUCUUCCAUCGAUCUCCUUCGCGAGAUCGACUCGGUCACAUCUCCCCCGCCCACUUCGGGUCGCCAGCGGCGGCCCUAUGUCAUCUCCAUUGUAGGCGUUAAUGGCGUGGGAAAAUCAACUAACCUGUCCAAGAUUUGCUUUUUCCUGCUGCAGAACCAGUAUAAAGUUCUCAUUGCCGCGGCUGACACUUUCCGGUCCGGUGCGGUCGAGCAGCUGGCUGUGCAUGUACGCAACCUCAAGGAGUUGACGGCCCGCGAGGGUGGCAGGGUCGAGCUGUACCAGAAGGGUUAUGGCAAGGAUGCUGCGGCCGUCGCCAAGGACGCCGUUGUGUUCGCCGCCCAGGAAGGGUUUGACGUGGUGUUGAUCGACACGGCUGGUCGUAGACACAAUGACCAACGGCUGAUGUCGUCACUCGAGAAGUUUACCAAGCUUGCAAAGCCCGACAAGAUCUUGAUGGUUGGUGAGGCUCUUGUGGGCACAGACUCCGUGGCACAGGCAAGGAACUUCAACGCCGCGUUUGGCGCCGGCCGUUCACUAGAUGGCUUUAUCAUUUCCAAGUGCGACACUGUAGGCGAUAUGGUUGGAACUUUGGUCAGCAUUCCGGGUCAGCACUCGUAUGCUGACUCAGCAGGUCCUGCAGGCGGGCCUCUCCCUUCUGCUGCCCCUCCACCCUCGACACUUGCUGCGCAGCUCGUGGAGAACAUCUCGACUUCAAGCACCAGGCUCACACGACCCGACGAGACUAGCGAACUGAAGCGCUUGUUUGCUGCCAUCGAAAAAGUCAAGAAUGACCCAAGCUGUUUGAAGACUCCUGAGCAGCGUCUUGAACAUAACCACUUGCUCGUCUAUGUUUGUGGCAGUGUCCUGCUCGAUAACCUGAAGUUGGACGAUGCGUUCGCCGAUCGUGAGCGUCUUUGCAGCGAGACAUCCCGCGCCAUAAAUUUCCUCAAGGUCACAAUUCAAGAGACGCCCGCGGUAUUGAAAUGUACCACCGAUGGGAGGACUUUCAUCCACCGCGGACAGGAGCCGCUGUGGGUUUGGAUCUUGCCUAAGGUGCUCCGAGUUCUAGGACAUCGGAGAUUCAUCUCUCUCUCAACAGAGAUAAAGAAUUUUUGUUGCGAAGUCUUGAAGUUAGCCAUGGGGAAUGAGAAGCUAUGGGACUUGGCUCCGUUGCUGUUGAUUUACCUUAGGACAAACCUAGGAGCCAUUCUCGCUCGCUAUAAGUCUUCGGAUAUGACAAACUUGCAACACGGCCCUUCUGCGAUCACCCUUCCUCCCAACGUUUUUUUUGAGACCUGGAAUGGCAGUGCACCACACACUUGCACCUUCACUAUUCCCGACGGUGAACAUGCUCUACGACAUGCGGUUACCCUCGCUACCAUCAUUGCUGACGUGUCCAUCUCAAGGACACACGAAGUUCAGCAAAUUUCCCCUCAUGAUCAACAUUUCUGCCAGGCUUCAGGCUACCUGGCGGCUGAAGAUGAAGACGGUGCAUCUUUGAGGCGUGUCUUCUGUUUAGCUCUCGCUCAUUUGGCAAAAGCCUCUACCAACCAUGAACCUACGGCAAGGCUCGUGACCUCUGUGCUACUUCCACUGGCACAACGACUUACUGCCGACAACCCUGCUUUGGGUGCGAGCACUGAUGUUUGGAGGUCUGUUCAACUUCUCGUUCGCACAGUAGCUGGGUCAACUUCGCCGGAGCUCAGCGAGGAGAUUGCAGCAGACAAGUUCAUCGAUACUCAGUUGCGUCGGCAGGUUCAGAAGCUGCCGCUUAGACGGACGCGGGAACAGCUUGAGCUCCGGCCUGCCAAACGCAAGAGAUCCGAUAAGGGACCAUCAUUAAUGUUGGACGUAGCAGGCCGCCUGUGUCGGUUGGUGGGCGCUGAUCCUUCCAGUCAAGUGGAUGCUCUGGAAUCUCACAUAAUGGAACGAUACCCUCAGCUGAACGAGGAUGAUCAAUGCUAUCUGAUUGAUCUCGUCUCCCGGAUCCCCUGUGUCGCCGAUGAGACCCUUGAACUUAGGAAGAGGAGCCUGUCCGCAGGUCGACACCAGGAAGUCAAGCAUCUUGGCAUCACUCUGUUCAGCAAGAUAAUUAAACUCCCGAGAUUCAUUGAAUCAAAAAAGCCUCGGGUGUAUGCCAUGAUUUGCCUGCGACGCAUCGCAAGGCAUUCAACGGACGAGGAUUUUUGGGAUCUUGAGAAGUCCGACCCUGGUCAGUGGUGCCUGCAAUCGCUGAACAGCUCCAUCCGAGAGCUUCGCAUUGCCGCUGGCAGGGCCAUUCCGGUGUUCAUCACGGAGCCCGCUUUGGCCACGAUCAACAAGGAGGUUAUCAAGCGGAAUCGUACCACUGUCUUGGCUUUCUUGCGAUCUCUUUCUGAAAAGGAGUCCCCUCGGCUUCAUGAGACCUGCAUCAUGGCUUGGGCACAAGUAGGCAGAGUAGUCGCCGAUGACGAGCUCAAUCUGGUUGUCCUCAAACUUGUCGAAUAUUUGGGGCAUCGGAAUCUGACAGUGUCAUCCUUCGCCUUCAACGAAAUAAUUAAUCUUGCCGAAUCUAGAGGCCAAUCACCAUCACAAUUGUUUGAGCCUUUCUGGUCUAACCUCGGUUUUGCUGUUGUCAAGGACCUAAUGACCAGGCCCCAGACAGCACGGAUGGUUGCCGACCUGCUUCAACUCAGUGUGCCGGAACUUUUGGAGUUAUUGCAGAAGCAUGCCCUUCCUUGGCUUGUCCUUACCAAAAAGCGCGAGGUUAUCCGAAAGAUUGCCGAAGCUCGUGGCGAGAAAGAAGAAUGGCAGCCGUGUCUCGAUCAAGGGAAUCUCCCCUCGAUCCUAGCCCUCCUUUUGAUUCAGGAUACACCCGAUGUUGCUACCCAUGCUAUGUCUUUACUUGGACAUGUUUCUGAGAAGAUUGCCAACAGUGAGCUAGUAGAGCUCCUAAGAACAGACCCUAUAACCAUUGCUUUGGAGUUGUUCAAGGCCGCGGCUGAUUCCAAUGAGAAUCGGAAAACAAGGGCAAGAGAUCAGAACGACAAACGAGCCAAAAAGUCUCAAGUAAUUGGGCGCUAUCUUCAGCAGCACGCCCUUGGUUUAGCACAACGUCUGAUCGAAGUGAUAAAUGACACCUUGCAGCUACAUCCGCCAGUGGCGGAACAGAGGAGGUGUCUUGGGGCUAUGGAAGAGAUGAUACGCAUAUGCAAGACUUAUGUCUGCAUUGCCCGACCACAGAUCUCUGCCUGCCUGCUCUCUGCAAUGGCGUUGGAUGAUCUCCGGUCUGCUGCCUUUUCCUGUUGGGAAGCCAUGCUUACCUGCAUGGAAGAGGCUGAUGUGGAAGCACAGCUUGAGACGACGUUCUUCAUCAUCGGAUCGUAUUGGAAGACUUUUGACCUUGCUACCAAGCAAAAGGUCAAAUCUCUAAUAUCGACUCUUCUUGAAGCUCACCAAGCUCUCUUGCAGAAGUAUGCGAACAGGCUGCCUUCGUUAAGACACAUCAGUGAGCUUUCCGAUUUGUGUACGGCACUCGAUAAUCUGCGCCCACCCUUAGAUGUCAGAGGUGCCUUUGGCAUCUUUGCCGAGCGCUUGAAGCAUGAAAAUCCAGGAGUGGUAGAGCUUGCGCUUGUUGAGCUGAACGCCUUUCUCCAAAAGCACCAAGAUUACGUCCAAACAUCAGCAAUCAGCGAGCAGCCGGAUACAGUUGUGACUGCGCUAGUUCGUUCCCUGCUUGACUGCUCUGCCAAAUAUAAUGGCUGGCAAACGGACAUUCCUCGGCUUUGCGCUGAAGCCAUGGGGCUGAUCGGCUGCCUCGACUCGAAUCGUGUUGAAACAACGCGGGAACAGAGACAAUUCGUCGUUGUCCACAAUUUCGAGGAUGCUCGAGAGACCACAGAUUUCGUCGCCUAUAUGCUUGAAAACGUGUUGGUCAAGGCGUUCCUAUCGACAACCGACACCAAGUUCAUUGGCUUUCUUUCCUAUGCCAUGCAAGAACUUCUCGAACGGACCGAUUUCAAAUAUGCUGCUGCGGAUCCCAAAUCCGAAAUACACGCGGCGAUCUACAAGAAGUGGCUCGCGUUCUCGGAUAACACGCGUGAGGUGCUGACGCCGUUCCUGUCCUCAAGGUUCGUCGUCGCGCCUAUGCCUCCUCAGACGAUAGAAUAUCCUGUCUUCAAGCCAGAAAAGCCUUACGCCGUCUGGGUGAGGGCAUUCGUUCUCGAUUUGCUCCGCAACGGGCAGCAUCCGUUUAGCCAAGCCCUAUUUGAGCCCCUCUGUCGGUUAAUCAAAGUCAAGGACCUUGUUGUUACAGAGUUCUUAUUGCCUUAUGUUGUUCUGCACGUUAUCGUAGGACAAGAUCAUACAGAUGCGUUCAGAAAGAAGAUUACUGCUGAGUUGACGGCGAUUCUCCAACACCAGCCCCCUGAAACUGCCUCAUAUGUUGAGAAGGAGGACGCCAAACUCUACUACCAGGCCGUCUUUCGCAUUAUUGAUUACUCGAGGAGAUGGCUGCAAGUCAAAAAGUCGAACCAUAAAGUCUCAGACAGAGACCAAUCAUGGAUCAAACGUGUUGAGGAGGUCAUCGGCUCUCUUGAUCCUGAGCUGAUGUCACAGCGAGCAAUCGACUGUAAUGAAUAUGCUCGAGCUCUGUUUUUUCUGGAACCGCAUAUCGAGGCCCGAGGGAAGCACCUCACACAUGAAAGGGGGGACAGGAUGUUGCAGUCGUUGCAGAACAUUUAUACUAAUAUCGACGAUCCCGACGGCCUUGAGGGAGUUUCUGCAAUUUUGCAAAGCAUUACGCUGGAUCAGCAAGCUCUCAACCAUCGCAAGGCUGGCCGCUGGACUGCCGCGCAGACAUGGUAUGAGAUUCGGCUCGCCGAGUCGCCUGAUGAUCCAGACAUCCAACAAGAUCUUCUUACAUGUCUCAAAGAAUCCGGGCAACAUGACGUCUUGCUAAACUACGUAGAGGGAAUGAAUGUUACAGAGAGCAACGUGACUAAGGUUGCGCCUUUUGCUGUUGAAGCUGCCUGGGCGACAGGAAGGUGGCAAACUCUCGAAAAGUACUUGCGGUUGUACAAUGCGGGAGACGUCUCAGAGAUUUUCAACCUUGGCGUCGGCCAAGCUUUGCUCUGUCUGAAGAGCGGAGAUGUUGCGAAGUUCAAGGAGCAUAUUCAGAUGUUACGUGACAAGGUGGCUGGCUCCAUGACCUAUUCGGCAACGUCGUCGCUCCGGGCAUGCCAUGAUGCCAUGCUGAAAUGUCAUGUCUUGAGUGAUCUAGAGUUGAUCGCAAACGAGAACCUCAAAGGAAAUGGCGAUCAGCAGGCAGUCCUCGCCACACUGAACCGUCGGCUGGAGGUACUAGGUGCCUAUGUCAGCGACAAACAGUACUUGCUUGGCAUUCGCCGAGCCGCUAUGGAGCUGAUGAGGCCCAGGUUUUCAAACGAGGACAUCUCUUCCCAAUGGCUGGCUAGCGGCAAACUCGCGCGGAAAGCUGGUUCAAUGCACCAGUCAUUCAAUGCAGUGCUGCAUGCUCAACAGCUGGGCGAUGGUUCUGCUACCAUUGAGCAUGCUAAGCUCCUCUACAAAGAUGGACACCAUCGUAAAGCCAUUCAAAUCCUGCAGUCGGCCAUCGCCACGAACUCUUUCAUCACGGACAAUUCUGCACUUACUCUUCCACCCACUUCGAGCAAGGGCCAGGAGACCCAACGGAGUCUCUUGACCGCACGGGCACAUCUUCUGCUUGCCAAAUGGCUUGAUUCAACGGGCCAGACGCAUGCUAGCGCUCUUCGGUCUCAGUACCAACAAGCAGCGAAGACGUAUCCUCAUUGGGAGAAAGGCCACUAUUACCUUGGCCGUCACUACAAGAAGCUACUCGAAUCAGAGAAGGCCCUCAAGCCGGAUGAUCAAUCGGAUGAGUAUCUUACUGGGGAGAUGGCGAAAUUGGUCAUUGAGAAUUACUUGCGGUCUCUCAAUUUCGGAACCAAGUAUCUCUCUCAGACUCUACCUCGUAUCCUCACGUUAUUCCUCGAGCUGGGUACUCAGGUUGAGAACAUACGAACUUCGGAAAGCAAGAUCACCGUGACGCGAGAGCUGCACCAGCGCAGGAAGAACAUCCUCAUGGACCUCUACAAGCACUUCCUGAAGCACAUCCCGAAGAUGCCGGCAUACAUCUUCUACACGGCGCUUCCGCAGAUUGUGGCCCGAAUUGCCCACCCCAACCAGGAGGUGUUCAAAGUUUUGGAGCAGAUGAUUCUUAAGGUGAUCGAAGCUCAUCCUCAGCAGGCUCUCUGGAGCCUGUUCCCUCUCAUGACGACGAGAUAUUCCCAUGAGCGCCGAACGCGGGGUAUGCAAAUCCUGCAGGCCGCUCGUUCUCUGUCAAAGCGAGUGGAAGGUGCCGAUUAUGACCUCAGCAAGCUGAUUCGGAUGGGUGAGAAGCUGGCCGAACAGCUUUUGGUUGCGUGUAACACAGGAGAGUUCCAGAGCAACAAGACCAUCACAGCAAGCAUCACAAAAGAUCUGAACUUCAACCACAAGUGUACGCCGUGUCCUCUGGUGGUACCAAUUGAGGCUUGUUUGGUGGCCACGUUGCCGACCCUCACCGACAACGUUAGGAAGCACAAAGCCUUUUCUCGAGAUGUGAUCACAAUCCAUUCCUUCCUUGAUGAGGUGUUAAUCUUGGGCUCCCUGGCGAAACCCCGCAAACUCACUGCCAGAGGGUCUGACGGGAAGCUAUAUGGGUUGUUGAUCAAGCCCAAGGACGAUCUUCGAACAGACCAGCGUUUGAUGGAGUUCAACGGGCUGAUCAACAGGUCUCUGAAGCGGGAUGCUGAAGCAAGUAGGCGGCAACUCUACAUUCGCACUUACGCUGUUACCCCUCUGAACGAGGAGUGCGGCAUUAUUGAGUGGGUCAGCGGACUCAAACCACUGCGCGACAUCCUGCUUGCUCUUUACCGGGCGCGAGGCAUCUCCCCUAACUAUGGAGAGCUCUCGAAUAAGAUGCGUCACUCAAUGAUGACCGGGGACAUCCGCAUCUGGACAGACGACAUCAUUCCCAGCUUCCCACCUGUGCUUCCUGAGUGGUUCAUUCAGCAGUUCCCCAAUCCCUCGGACUGGUUUGCUGCCCGGCUCAAGUAUACGCGCUCGUGCGCCGUCAUGUCCAUGGUGGGCACCAUCCUGGGCCUGGGUGACCGGCACGGGGAGAACGUGCUCCUGGAAGAGGGCAACGGCGGCAUCUUCCAUGUCGAUUUCAACUGUCUCUUCGACAAGGGCAAGACAUUUGCACAGCCGGAGCGUGUACCCUUCCGUCUAACACACAACAUGCAGGCGGCCAUGGGUAUAUACAGGCAUGAAGGCCCUUUCCGACAUUGUAGCGAGCUGACACUUCGGAUCCUGCGACAGCAAGAGGAAACGCUCAUGACCAUUCUUGAGGCCUUCAUCUACGAUCCAACGUUGGAUCUGCAAAGGACCAAGCGGCGCCAGCACGAUGGCGGCGUUAUUCGGAUGGAUCCCAACAGCGUGGUUGAGACUAUCCGCCGCAAGGUGCGCGGUCUGCUGCCGGACGAAAGUAUCCCUCUCGGCGUGGAGGGUCAGGUUGAGGAGCUGAUCAAGGAGGCGACGAACCCGAAGAACUUGGUCGCUAUGUACAUUGGAUGGUGUCCGUUUUUGUAA